AUGCUAUUCGCUCAAUAUGCGAACGAUUGGCGGCGAGUGUUGAAAUUCCUAAUUUCGCUUUUUGACAAUGACGCUUUGGGAAAGGUGGAAAAAAAUACAGAAUACACAUGGGGAGUGAAAGCAAUUGCAUUGCAAGUCGCCCAGCAGAUUCCGUUUUCCUUUUUUGAUGUUGGCCUUGUGAACGAUUCCAAAGUGCCACAAGAAGAUCUUUAUUUUUUGAGGGACAAUCGGUCGAAUCCCGCCCUACGAAAUGAGACUCCUCUGGUGCAGUUUUGGCUGAUGUGCGCUUCCAUAUUCGAUCACCCAUGGACAAUGCUUUUUGAUGAAUUUCUCGAGGAAUCCCCAAUCCCUUGCAUUCAAGAAAUAAAAUUGAAGGUGAUUGAGGGAUUUCCCAAUGACGAAACUAGUAAGGUGGACAUCCACAAGGGGGUCAAAAAGAUAUUUGAUCCAGAUUACGAAGAUUCUGAGGAGGAAGACGACCCGAUGGGCGACGAGGAUACUGGCCUUGUCAAUAAGUUCGGCCAACCCGAUGGGUGGGACUCUGACAAGACAGUUGAUGACAACUCCAACAACAGAAGGCACGACAUGGACAUAGACGGCGAAUUUGAUUCUGGCGACGAUCGCAUCCACGACGACAAUGAUGACAAGGACGAGGUGGAGGAGGACGACGAGGAUACUGACGAAUCGACCAAGGAUUCUGUCAUUCUCGUGGAAAAUUCUUACAAGACUACGGAUACUGAAAACGAAGAAGACACCAACUACAUGGGCCUGAAUACGGAUGAGGUAGUUUCCGAACUGACCGGUGUUACUGGUGAAGACAAGGAUCCUGAAUUGGCAUCCCCGCCGAGGAAGAAGGGACGGUCCCACAGGGUUUUGGUGGUCGAUCAGUCUACAGAAAUGGAUGUGGACGGGAGCUCUUUGAGUGAACCCGGUGCUAAACGUACACAUUCAACGUCUGCUUCACAAUCAACCACACCAACCGCACAAAAAACGGACACCACUUCCACAAAGCAAAGCUCUAAGGCCAAACGCAGACUACAACGCAGCUUGACAUUGGAAGAACGCCUAGAUGGGCUGCGACAAGUCAACUUGGACGGCAUGGUCGGUCAGGCUAUUCUGGUUGAACUGGGAAUGGCUUACAGCUAUCAAGGUCAACAAGGGGUGAAUACGACCCAUGCCUCUAUUAUCUUGAACCAUAUUCUGGAUACGCUGGCAGACGUCCUAAAGAACGCGGAGGAGACGAUUCGCUUUCUUCCCUUGUCUGAAAGCGCUUACAAGAAGUCUAAGCAGUGGAUCCGAACGGAAGCGGAUCUUUGGCGGUUGAUUCCCGAUUACCGGAGCCUGUCCAAGUAUCUGGACAUGUCUUUUGGCAACAUGUCAUAUGCCUUGACUUCUAAUAAGCCAGGCGAAAAGAAGCUUCGUACAAGGAUGAGGGUGGGUUUUGAGGUCGAGGUGGCGGCAGGAACGAUUCGCCAAUACCUACACGGCGAAUUGCGUCCGCAAGGGUUUGGAGCGGGAUGCUAUGAAUCGGUUCUACAGUUUGGCGAUAUCGAAAAGAUUGGGGCGUUGUGCUUCUAUCCACAGGAAAUUAACAUCAGGGCUAUGGAGAAAGAACUCAUGCAACACUUUGACUGGAAGACGGUUAUCGGCUUGCGGUACAAAUGGGUAAACAUUCCCUACAACUGCCGCAGUAAGUGGAAUGAACGAUCGCCUGGAUGCAUGAUGUGGCACGUUUAUGUCAGAUCGAGGGACGCUAAGCGAGCGGAUCGAGAACUACGCUUAUGGCUGCACCCGUCUACCCCUAAGAAAGAUUUUCCAUGGUGCGCGGUCACACACUACAUUAGCGAUUGGAAGGCUGCUCAGAAUGGGACAAUCAGCGUUAAGGCCGUGGGUCCGGUGAAGGAUGAGAAUCUCACCAUGAUCUCAAAGCAUAACGACUUUGUGGAACUGACUCAGGCCAAAUAUUGCCCUGUUGAGAUUCCAGGGAUGUUGAAACAGGCAACGACCAAAGCCUUUGGUCCUCGCACUUGUUUGUCUAUGUUUCUUUCCAUCAAAGCCCGACCAGUUCACGCGGAUAAAGUGGCAGCUGCGGAUGUGAACUCGGACUCCGACUCUGACGACUCAUUGCUGGAGGACGUCUCCCACAAGUUCACCAAAGUGACUGUCAAAGGGAAGACGAAGAUCAAGAAGCAACCUCCAAAGU